UCCGAUUCACUCUCAGACCAUCACCGGAACCCACCGGUAUACACCUGUCAAUCAAGAACAGUUGGGAGAAAAAUGGGUGAUCCGGCCGCCGGGGGAAGGAAGAAGGUAAUAAUGGGGGUGGCGGUGCCGGAGAAGGUUCAGCUGCACUUGGCGAUGCUGCUGUUGCAGUUCGGUUAUGCCGGUUUCCAUGUCGUCUCCAGGGCCGCGCUCAACAUGGGCAUCAGCAAGAUUGUCUUCCCCGUUUAUCGCAACAUUCUUGCCCUCCUCCUCCUUCUCCCUUUUGCCUAUUUUCUUGAAAAGAAAGAUCGACCACCUCUGUCUUGGAAGUUUGCAACUCAGUUUUUCCUGCUCGCAAUCGUUGGGAUUACUGCAAACCAAGGGUUUUACUUGCUGGGUCUGGACAACACCUCUCCUACUUUUGCUUCCGCCAUUCAGAACUCUGUUCCCGCCAUUACAUUCCUCUUGGCGGCCUUACUCAGGAUAGAGACGGUAAGACUAAACAGAAAAGAUGGCAUAGGAAAAGUGAUGGGCACAUUAUUCUGCGUGUGCGGGGCGUCUGUAAUCACACUCUAUAAGGGCCCCACAAUCUACAGCCCGACGCCGUCGCUGAGAAUAGUCACCCCGCCGGCGGCGAUGAUGCGUGGGGGUGCCGGAGAUGACGUGGUGGGCAACGGGAAGAACUGGACGAUGGGGUGCAUUUUCUUGAUCGGGCAUUGCUUGUCGUGGGCCAGCUGGCUGGUCCUCCAAGCGCCGGUGCUCAAAAAGUACCCGGCUCGGCUCUCCGUCACCUCCUACCAGUGCUUCUUUGGCGUCAUCCAGUUCCUUAUCAUUGCCGGCUUUUGCGAGAGAGACCCUCAGGCUUGGCUCGUUCACACCGGCGCCGAGCUCUUCAGCGUCUUCUAUGCUGGAGUGGUGGCUUCAGGAAUAGCAUUUGCGGUACAAAUAUGGUGUAUAGACCGGGGAGGUCCGGUCUUUGUGGCGGUUUACCAACCGGUCCAGACAUUGGUGGUGGCGCUCAUGGCAUCCCUGGCUCUUGGGGAAGAAUUCUAUUUGGGAGGGAUAAUUGGAGCAGUGUUGAUCAUAAUAGGGUUGUACCUUGUUUUAUGGGGCAAGAACCAAGAAGCUAAGUUUGCCAGGGCAAAGGUGACGGCGAUUCAAUCCACCGCGGACCACAAAAGGACACCUGAGGAGAGCCAUAUCAAGACCUCUUUGGCCCAACCUCUGCUCCCGUCAACCCAAAAUGCUUGACCAUCGAAAACAUGCAAUCCCUUUUUUGGUGCCCUGGAAUUUCUGAAAAUGUUCAAAAAGAAAAAAAGUCCAUGUGCGUGUAUGAAAUUAAGUCUCCUUGUUUUAUGGGUUUUUGUAAUUUUUCUUUAUGAAAUCGAAUGUAUUGCUUAUUCCUAUCAUUAUUACCUUUAAAUAUAUGAAUAUAUAUGAAAUGUUGUCGGCAUUUUUUGAGCGGAGUAAUGAUUGGUAGUCCUUGUAAAUUAAAGUAUGAAUGGUAAUGUUGAUUGGUAAUCUUGGAUCCUUA